CCACCACGUCCCCUCAGCCUUGCGCAAAGGGAGGGGGUCCACGACGCAACAAUACAUCCAUCCGAAACCGAGGAGAGAGCCUUGAUAACAUUGUGUCCUCCUUCCAUCUUUCAUACACAACACAACACUACAAGAGAAGUGUAGACUGUCAACACGAGGAAUUACAAGACUACUUACGGAGAGAUGGCGUAUAACCGCUCCUUCAACCCGGAUGCACUGCCUGCAUUCGCAGAGCCAGAACGAAAACGCACACCCACCGCCCCCGCCCAAUCCCCUCCCCCCCUCAACAUCCAAAAACAAUACUCCCACCCCCCACCCCGCCACUCCCCCUCUCACCACUACGACAAGCCCGCUCCCCCCCUCCCCCGCGACGACCGCGACUACCGUCCCUCCGGCAGCAGCGGGAGCUUCAGCGGCAGUGGUAGCGGAAGCAGCAGCAGCCGUCCCAUCCCCAGCCCUCGCGACGACCGUCACCAAUUCAGCGGCGGCGGGGGUGGGGGUGGUGGUGGGUCAAUGGGGCCGGUAAGCCAGCCGACGGGGAACUUUACGUAUGGACAGAGUCCGCCGCAGGAUCGGAGGGAUGGUAGGGAUGCGAGGGAUGCGAGGGAUGCACGUGGACAUCGGGGACCGGCGAGUCCGGCGAUGACAGGGGAGGAUCCGAAUUUGUUGCCGCUGUUUAGGGCGGUGGAUAAAGAUUCCAGCGGCCACCUCUCCGAAUCCGAGCUCUCUGCCGCCCUCGUAAACGGCGACUGGACCGCCUUCGACCCCCACACCGUCGCCCUCAUGAUUCGCAUGUUCGACACCUCCCGCAGCGGCACCAUCGAGUUCGGCGAGUUCUGCGGCCUCUGGUCCUUCCUCGCCUCCUGGCGCACCCUCUUCGACCGCUUCGACGCCGAUCGCUCUGGAAACAUCAGCCUCGACGAGUUCAGGGACGCGCUGGUGGCCUUCGGGUAUAGGUUGAGUGAGGGGUUUGUGGGGUUCUUGUUCAGGGCGUUUGAUAAGGGGAGGAAGGGGAGUUUGAGCUUUGAUUUGUUCGUCCAGGCGUGUAUUACGCUUAAGAGGAUGACGGAUGCGUUUAAGCGCUAUGAUGAUGAUAGGGAUGGGUUUGUGACGUUGAGCUUUGAGCAGUUUUUAGAGGAGGUGUUGAGGCAGCGGUAGAGGGGUGUUGGGAGAGUUGAAGGAAGUGGGGUGGGGGGGUUGACCGUGCGGAUGCCGCAGUUCGAUGGGUUAUGCGUGCUAAAAGAUAGGGAUAUCCAUGUUUUUGUCAUUUGUCGUUGGUUUAUAAAUUAUACAUCCAUUUAAAGGGGCGUCUGGUCUGACCUUUGAUAUGUCUCAUGCUGUCGUCGUCUGGUGCGCGGAACGGGACGCUCUGAAAACGGAAUUGGGGUCUUCGGAGGAGGGUCUCUCCCGCACAAUCGGGGUCCUUGCCGCUGUUUUUGAUAUCCAGGGUCUUCGGCAGAUAUCCAUAAUCUAUCCCUUGAUGUUGUAUGCACAAGUCAGGAAAACGAUAGGGAUAUCCAUGUUUUUGCUAUUCUCGUCGAUCUACUGUUACAAACAGUUCAACCGGGCCCUGUCCAGCAGCAAUUCGCAAAUGUGCCAAGAAUGAAAUCGUCAUCUCACGAUAAAGACAGAACUCACUUCUAGCCGGCCGAGCUUAAACUCUGGUAGAGAACUCCAUACAACGGCUAGAAGCAUCAAAUUCCAUGAACUCUUUCAGAAGACAGAGGGAGCAGUUUGUUAAUUUUUGACGCACUCCCCAAUGAAUGGAUUAUCAAACCCCUAGGGGUUGAUAAGUAUGUUAGCAUGCCAAGCGCGAACGAACUUACUUCGCAUCUUAAUCCUGCACAGCAACGAAAGCGCGCGGCGCAAAGCGAUCCUUCACCUUGACAUUGUUUUUCAAGUUGUUGAAGGGGGUUUGCUGCUCCGAGGGCGGCGAGGGUGGUUAAGAGAGCAAUUGAAAGCUUCAUGUUGGUAG